UGGAGGAGGAGCAACCACAGGGAGAGGAAGAGGACAGGAGGGUGCAGCUCCAAGAGGGGUCAGGCAGGAUGAGGACUGGAAACUGUCCUCAAGCCUGGGCCCCAGAGGCCUGGGGUUGGCUCUGGAAGUUCAGCGGUGUCCAUGUGUCUGUAGGGACCUUAAAGGAUGCACGGUGGUCGGAGCUGUGACUCGGAGGACGAAUCCUGGAGAUUAAUUGGAGACACGUGGAAUUAGGCCUGGCUGUGGAGACUUCAUUUUCUUCUUCGUACCUGACCAUUUAUGAUGAGGUGGCUUAUGAAAGUGUGAUGUUUGCUUAUUUCCUCACAGGCACUUUGGAAGAAGAAAGGUGUUGAAUGAGCAAGCAGCAACGUGGGAAGUGAGGCCAUAGUAAACACAGGUGUGAAGGAACUAUUUGCCAUGGAAGCCAGGGAGCUGGAGAGCCACCACACACCCACAUACCAUCUCAUUCCUGAGGCCAGCCGGCCCAGGGAGGAAGAAGAUGUCAGCAUGCUACCUCAGCAGUCCACAGAAACUAUGCAGCUGAAGAAGGAGAUCUCUCUGCUGAAUGGGGUCAGCCUGGUGGUGGGCAACAUGAUCGGCUCAGGAAUCUUUGUCUCACCCAAGGGCGUGCUGGUCUACACUGCCUCCUAUGGGUUGUCGCUGAUCAUAUGGGCCAUUGGUGGGCUUUUCUCCGUUGUGGGUGCCCUUUGCUAUGCAGAACUGGGGACCACCAUCACCAAGUCUGGGGCCAGCUACGCUUAUAUUCUAGAGGCCUUUGGGGGCUUCAUUGCCUUUAUCCGCCUCUGGGCCUCCCUGCUAAUUGUUGAGCCCACCAGUCAGGCCAUUAUCGCUAUCACCUUUGCCAACUACAUCAUCCAGCCCUCCUUUCCCACCUGCGAGCCCCCGUACCUGGCCUGCCGUCUCCUCGCUGCAGCCUGCAUGUGUCUGCUGACGUUUGUGAACUGUGCCUACGUCAAGUGGGGCACACGUGUGCAGGACACAUUCACUUACGCCAAGGUCCUGGCACUCAUUGCCAUCAUUGUCAUGGGCCUUGUUAAACUGUGCCAGGGACACUCUGAGCACUUUCAGGAUGCCUUUAAGGGUUCCUCCUGGGACUUGGGAGACCUCUCUCUCGCCCUCUACUCUGCCCUCUUCUCUUACUCAGGUUGGGACACCCUUAAUUUUGUAACAGAAGAAAUCAAAAACCCAGAAAGAAAUUUGCCCCUGGCCAUUGGGAUUUCUAUGCCGAUUGUGACACUCAUCUACAUCCUGACCAACGUGGCCUAUUACACAGUGCUGAGCAUUUCAGAUGUCCUUGGCAGUGAUGCCGUGGCUGUGACAUUUGCUGACCAGACAUUUGGCAUGUUUAGCUGGACCAUUCCCAUUGCUGUUGCCCUGUCCUGCUUUGGGGGCCUCAACGCAUCUAUCUUUGCUUCAUCAAGGUUGUUUUUCGUGGGCUCCCGUGAGGGCCACCUCCCGGACCUUCUCUCCAUGAUCCACGUUGAGCGUUUUACACCCAUCCCUGCUUUAUUGUUCAAUUGCACCAUGACACUCAUCUACCUCACUGUGGAGGAUGUCUUCCUGCUCAUCAACUACUUCAGCUUCAGCUACUGGUUCUUUGUGGGCCUGUCUGUCGCUGGACAGCUCUACCUUCGCUGGAAGGAGCCCGAGCGGCCCCGGCCUCUCAAGCUGAGCCUGUUUUUUCCCAUCGUGUUCUGCAUAUGCUCCUUGUUUCUGGUGGUUGUGCCCCUCUUCAGUGACACCAUCAAUUCCCUCAUUGGCAUCGGGAUUGCCCUCUCUGGGGUCCCCAUCUACUUCCUGGGUGUUUAUCUGCCAGAGUCCCGGAGACCACUCUUUAUUCGGAAUGUCCUUGGUGAGCUUCUCUUUGCCUAUCACACACUGGCCUUGUGUGUGUGUAUAUACAAAGACGCAUGCACAGCUGCUAUCACCGAAGUCACCCAGAAGCUUUGCUUUUGCGUCCUGACUGAGCUAGAUGUAGCUGAAGAGAGACAGGUUGAGAGGAAAACUGAGUAGAGGCCAGAGGUGAUAUCCCCUGAGGCCUGGAAGGCCGCUACCUGUGGCCACAGCCACCGAAGUCCAGAUGACAAGACUGUGUGGACCCAACUCUCUUAUACUCAAGGAGGGCUGUUGGCCCACAUUAUGUAAGGGGGCUCAGGGCUGAUGGCCUGCUCAGGUGGUCACUCUCAUCGGUAAGCUAUGGGUCUCAGGAUCUGGGGCCAGCCUGAAGGUGGGGACUUCAGAGGGUGGUGGUGGCAGAGGGCUCAGGGAAUAGGGGAAUGGUUGCUUAGUUUUGUUCCUGGUGAGUAGGUGCAGCCCUUGCAAACACUUACUUGGUGAGCUGCAUUGGGGGAAGAGGGAGUGCUAGGUUAAUAGCUGUGGCUGGUGGUUUCUGAAUUUGAGGUUUGAACCGGGAGUUUCGACAAAGGGGCUGCUCUAUGGGAAGUUUUCCUCUGACCAGGUCCAAGCAUCUGACAUUAGAGGCCUGAAAUGCUACCGUUUCUUCCUCUGGCUCAAAAUCCUUCCCUGGUGAAAGAGUUGUAUUCUAUUAUUUAUUGAUAUUAUUUAAUCCAGGACACCAGUUCUAGCAAAGCAUUGGUGUUCAUUAAUCUACAGGAUGCAGUAGGCUGAUUGUGUUUAAAAAUUCAAAGUAUCCCAAAGCAAGUCCCUCUGACCUUAGAGGUGUCUAUGUGGUGGUGGGUCAGACUCUGACCACAGAUUGUUUUGCUCGGUUUUAGCACAGUCUUCUGUUGAGUCUUACCUGCAGAGGUGAACUUUAAAGAUUUUUUACUCAUGUACCAGUUACACUUUAGUAUACAGAUAGGUCACAUGUUACAAGCACCUGGCUCAAGUUCCACAAGGACAGAUGAACAAAUUCAUGAGUCAGAGGUCUGGUAAUACUGCUACUUUGAAAGAUAAUCCUUUAUUUUACUUGAGACCUUAGGUCUCUGUUCUAGUUGACAAAAAGCAAAUCCCUGGGUUUCUGGUAUGAACUCUAAGAGGGCAGAAACUGUCCUAGGAUUCAGGUGAAUCACUUGAAUUCUUUCAGCUGUCAAUGGUUUAGAGAACAUCUCCUGGACCCAAACUGACAAGUAGCUUGUUCCUCUCUGUAAGGGCCGGUAUGAGGGGCUGCUGUGCAGACCCACGCAAGCCCAUCUUGGUGCUAGAAGUGGUCAUUUUUCUGAAAACCUCACACCAGGCUGCAUCCUCCUCCUCUUCUGUCCCUGACACCAGGCACCAGGCUUUUUUUACACUGAGCCACCUUGGUGUGGAUCAUCGGGAUAAUGCACUCAUCUCCUGCCUGCCUCCCCUUGCCUGAGGUCUGGUGGGGCUGCAGUCUCAGGAAGAGCUUGGUACUUUGGAGACUUCUGUUUUCUCUCUGUGGAGAUCAGUGAAGACUCUGGAAGUAAAGCUGCUUCAACCUCCAUCAGCAGAUUCAUGAUCGGAAGCAACUAAUUCUGGCGCUCAGGCUGUGCUUUAGCACCCAGGUCUGGCCAAAGGGGUAGGUUUGCCCUAAUGGAUGUUCCUUCAUGGGCCACAUGGCUGCACUGGAUUGGACAACUGUCCUGUGAUGAUUCCAGACACUGUCAUCCUGGACCCAGAAGAACCUGCUGGCUUGGUAUGCCCCAUGGGCUUCUUGUCCUUAGGUUUUGAAAUUGGUCAACGAUAAAGAUGGGAACUAUGAGGCAAUCUACCUUUCUGACCAUUCUUCUCCACCAAACCGGCCCCAGUUGCAGACAAGGGACUAACCUUGGUCACACUCGCUCAAUAAAGGCAAUUUAGUGGA